GAAAAUAGAAAGUGAUAUAAAAAGUAAACAGCGAUGACUGGUGCCUCUAUUUUAUACUGUAUUCUCAGUUAAACUGUGUAAAAUGCUAGCUUAGCCAUCUUCACAUUACAGAACACACGUUGCUAAAUCAGCAAGUUAACCAGCCACUUUUUAAACUUUAUUUAGAACAGUAAUCAGUCAUCGAAACAUACCAAAACUACCAAUUGUAAGUAUGGUUUUUCUUUAUGCUUUUCUUUACCAGGCUAGUUAAACUAAAGACAAUGAAGAGACAGGAAAACCAGCCAGGCUAUCUCCCUGUGCCUCUCUUUAAUCAGAGGAGGAGAAACAGAAUUCCUCUGACUUCCAUUCCCUGUGAGAAUGAGUUCUUUUCCCACAGUGAAUACACAGCAAGCACCAGCUCAGCUGCUCCUCACACUGCCUCAGGUACAUAUGGAUCUAAUCAGUCUUUAGGUCACUCUUCUGGUGCUCCAGAAAGCCACCAGUGGAGCAGACAAGGUAUCCAACAGUCUGCUCCACCACAGCAGUAUGGCGGCAACAGGCCUGCUCCUGGACCUUCCCCAAUGAGGACCUAUGCACCCAUGGCACACCCAUACAAAGAUGGAGCCCAAAGAUCCCAGAUGGGACAGCCCGGUAACUCAGUUAGACAACAGGAUUCAAGAUCUGGUGUUGAUUCCAGACAGAGCAGCUACCAAGGCUCUUGUGGCAGUGAGAACACACAAAGCAAGCAAUCAUCCCAUACAGGGUUCUCUCAGAUGGCUCAGGUGUCAUCUUGCAAACCUUCUACCUCCACACAUCAGUAUUCCCAGCAGUCCAGACCUCUUCCUUCUCCUGACGCACCAUCCAGGAGGCCCUCUGCUCAUGCUGCACAGCCAGCUAACAAGUCCUGGAAGUUUACUAACAGCUUUGUGGAACAGAAAUCAUCUUUUGUGGAGAAAAAGAGCUUAAAUACACCCCGAACGGCUCAACCAACUAAAUCUCAGGAAACACUCCCAGUGGAGCCAGCCAUUGAAAACUCACUGAGGAUCCUGACUGCCGUUAUUGAUGGAAUGAGACACUGGAGCCAGUUUAAAGACAAAGUGCCGUACUUAUUUGAGAUAUUUGCUACUCUGGACUCUGCCGUCACUCUGGGAAGCUACGGAGCCAAAAACUUCCUCAUGAGAGAUGGGAAGCAUGUUGUGCAGUGUAUUUUUUAUGAAAACGAGCACGCGCUGCCCCGUCUCAUCCGAGGUCAGGUCCAUCGCUGUGUUGGCAACUAUGAUCGCAGCAGAGAUGUCUUGAUAUGCGUGUCUGUGAGACCCGGCCUGCCCUCAGAGCUGAGGAACGCUCAGGAGACUGUCAAAGUCUGUGAUGCAGAAAUGAGAGCGCUGGUCAAGAAGCUCAGUGAAGUCUGAGCACAGACAGGUAUCUUCAGCAGCAUAAGAAUUAUAGAAAGAAAUGAUACCAGUUCUAAUACGGUAGAGGAAAAUAUGCUUAGUGAGUUUUACUCUGACCUGUUCCUGUUGGAAAGUUUUCAAAAACAUGAUUCAGCAAUUGUUGCAGUUUUUUACCUGAAAGCUGCUUCUAUUCUCUUGUAUUCUGUACCAGUGAAAUUCACUUGUUCUCUUCAGAUGUUUAUGUAUUUUUGGGGGGGGUAACAAAUAUAAACAUUAUUUAUUAAAACCUCA